AUGCGAUUCCUCUGCGCCCUGAUCUUCUCCUGCCUCCUGGCGGUGGCCCUUUCGGCGACAGCGGAUCCCAGCACUGCGGACCCCAGCACUGCGUCUCCCAGCACUGCGGAUCCCAGCUCUGCGUCUCCCAGCACUUCGGAUCCCAGCACUGCGUCUCCCAGCACAGCAGAUCCUUCGACAGCCAGUACAUCCACCUCGACGACAUCGAACAGCAGCUCUUCGACCACCACUACGACCACCUCUACAUCCACCUCUACAACCACCACAACCACUACGGAGGCCACAGCAAACAAAAAAUAUGUCACACAUUACAAAAUUAAGCAUAAGAAAAGUGACUCAGGCAAGGGCAAGAAGACUAAGAAGACCAAGAGGGUUAAGCACAAGAAGGGCAAGAAGAACAAGUCCAAGAACAAGAACAGGAGAAACCAGCGGACCCGUCGCAGUGGUUAA